AUGACUGAAUUCAUGAUAAAGCCAUCUGAUGAAUCUCAAGUCUAUGAUGCAUCAACAUGGCCACUGCUACUGAAGAAUUACGAUCGCUUGAUGGUUCGCACAGGACACUAUACCCCAAUUCCCUGUGGUUAUUCACCCUUGAAACGUCCUAUUUCGGAAUACAUUCGCUAUGGAGUUAUUAAUUUGGAUAAACCAGCUAAUCCUUCCUCGCACGAGGUUGUUGCUUGGCUAAAGCGUAUUCUGAGAGUAGAAAAAACCGGUCACAGUGGGACAUUGGAUCCAAAAGUAACAGGUUCUCUCAUAGUUUGCAUCGAUCGUGCAACACGUCUUGUGAAGGCACAGCAAGGUGCUGGAAAAGAAUAUGUUUGCAUCUGCCGUUUGCAUGCCUCUCCUAAAGAUGGGAAGACCUCAGUAGAACGUGCAAUUGAAACCUUGACUGGUGCGCUUUUUCAACGCCCUCCACUGAUUUCUGCAGUGAAGCGCCAACUUCGAAUUAGAACUAUAUACGCAAGUAAACUACUUGAUUAUGAUGCAGAACGUAACCUUUGUGUUUUCUGGGUGUCAUGCGAAGCUGGAACUUAUAUUCGGACUUUAUGUGUUCAUUUGGGUCUCAUACUUGGCGUUGGUGGUCAUAUGCAGGAGCUCCGUAGGGUACGUUCAGGCGUAUGCGAUGAAAAUGAUAAUUUGGUGACGAUGCAUGAUGUUCUCGAUGCACAGUGGUGCCGAGAUAAUCUACAGAAAGAAGAUUAUCUUCGACGCGUGGUUAUGCCUCUUGAAGUCUUAUUGACCAAUUUUAAACGCCUUGUAGUUAAAGAUUCGGCCGUGAACGCAAUUUGCUAUGGUGCAAAACUAAUGAUUCCAGGUCUACUGAGGUACGAGAGUGGAGUUGAAGUCGGAGAAGAGUGCAUCUUGAUAACAACAAAAGGCGAGGCUAUUGCUACUGCAACAGCCCAAAUGAAUACUGCUAUAAUGGCUACAUGUGAUCAUGGCUGUGUGGCAAAGGUUAAGCGUGUUGUAAUGGAACGAGACACCUAUCCACGGCGUUGGGGCCUUGGGCCAACAGCUGUUGCAAAAAAAAAGUCAGUUGCUGAUGGGACCAUGGACAAAUUCGGUAACAAAAGUAAGGGUGUGCAAGAUGAUAUGAAAAAUUCUAAUGAAGAAGCUCCAAAUGAAGGUAAGAAAAAAAAGAAGAAAAAGGACGAAAAAGAAAAAAAGUGA